AAACAUUAUGGCGUGAGAAAAUCUCACUCAGUUCUUUCUUUCUCAUCCCCUGUCCCCCCCCAAGCCCAGAUCGAAGUGAUUCCGUGUAAAAUCUGCGGAGACAAAUCCUCAGGGAUCCACUACGGCGUGAUAACGUGUGAAGGAUGCAAGGGAUUUUUCCGCCGCAGCCAGCAGGGAAAGCCCAUCUAUUCGUGCAGUCAGCAGCAGAGCUGUCAGAUAGACCGCAACAGCAGGAACCGCUGCCAGCACUGCCGCCUGCAGAAAUGCCUGUCCCUGGGAAUGUCACGCAACGCUGUGAAGUUUGGCAGAAUGUCUAAGAAGCAGAGAGAUAUUUUACAAGCCGAGGUUCAGAAGCAGCGUCUGAAGGAACAGAGAUCCGAAGCUCCAACCCCAUCAUGCACCUCAGAUCCUCAGAAUCUGGAGCCACUAAACAACCCAACAAAACCAACCCAGAUGUUCCCACCAACAACAUGGAGCAGCCAGGGUAGAUGGGAGUCCCCGUGCUUGGUCACAAGAAACCAUCCUCUCCACCACCAUCCACCGGCUGCUGAUAAGCCUUCAAUAGAGUCCACCCUUAGAAAGUCCUACUCCAGAGACCCACAGCUUCUUGUGGAGAACUUCCGACCGAGUUUGUUCCAAAGACUGCCUCCCACUCAGAAUCCAGAACCUUACUGUAACCUAAACGUGGGGAGCUUGCUGCCUCCUGAAUGCAUGAUGUCUGCUACAGACAUGGAGAUGCUGAUGCAAAGCGUGGUAUGUGCCCACCAAGAAACCUGUCAGUUUCACCUGGAGAGUCUACAGGUUCUCAGGUGGGAGAUAUUCUCCCCAGAGGAAGUGAAAGGCUUCCAGCUGCAGCCCGUGGACCAGAUGUGGGAACGAUGUGUCUGUCAUAUCACCAAUGCCAUCCAGUACAUUGUGGAAUUCGCCAAGCGGCUGAGCGGUUUCAUGGAGCUCAAUCCCAAUGACCAGAUUGUCCUGCUGAAAGCUGGUGUCAUGGAGAUCCUUUUAAUCAGAAUGAGCCGCGCCUUUAACUGCUACAACAGCACCAUAUUUUUUGAGGGCAAGUACGCCAAGCCGGAGAUCUUCCAGUCCCUGGGAUGCAGUGAUUUGAUUGGCUCAAUGUUUGACCUUUGCCAUUCCCUGUGCGCCCUCAAUCUGACAGAGCAGGAAAUGGCGCUCAUCAGUGCUAUCAUCCUCAUCGACCCAGGUCGGCAGUGGCUGCAGGACAGACAGAAAGUGGAGACGAUGCAUAAGAAGCUAGAGCUGUGCUUCUGGCACCUGGUGCGCAGGAGUCACCGGGAGAGCAUCAUUCCCAAGCUCCCCCAGAAAGGAAAAAUCCUCAGCAUUUGCCACCUGCACCUGGAGAAAUUAAACGUCUUUCUGCAGAUGUACCCAGGAGCCGCCUGCGAGAGAUUCCCCCCUCUCUACAAAGAGCUGUUCCUGUCCGAGCCCGAAACCUCAUGAAUGACGCCCCAGAAUCCAGACUCUCCCCUGCCCUAGGGCAGUAACCUUCCUAAAUUUAGGGGUACUGGGAUAAUGAAUCUCAGAAAAUUGCCCU